AUGGAAAAUAAUGAAUAAGAAGAUUGUAUUUAGUUAAAGAAAAAUGUAAAUUCAUUGGAAAUAUCAUUAGUUUCUUAUUAAGGAACAUGAAUGGAAAAAAGAUAAAGCUCUGUAUGAAUAAAAGAUAUAAUUAUUGGAAUUACAAUUAGAAGAUUACAAAACAAGAGAAAUAAAUUAAAAGAAGCUGAAUGAUACUAUAACUUAGGCAAUAGAUAUAUCUGGUAAAACUUAAGUAUGAUUUCAUCAUUAAAUAUUAAAGCAAAAAAGUUAUUCUGAAUUUCAAAAAUCAAUGGAAGUAUAAUUUUCCAACAAUAAAAAAUAUUAAGAGUGCGUCACCAAAUUAGAAGAGAAAGUAAACCUUAUUUAUAUUGUCUAGCUUAGAUGUUUAAAUGAAUAAUUAAAUGAUAAAGAAAAUUAAUUAAAAGAUCUUGAAAUAUUAUAAUAAAAAUAGCAAAUUAUGAAUGAACACAAAAUCCAAACUUUAGAGCAGGACAAAUAGUACUUGAAUUAGGAAGUUAAUACAUUAAAAGAGCAAUUGUAAAAACUAGAAGAAAACUACAAAUCCAAAGAGUAACUACUAAAAUUACAGUGCGAGUAGGAGAUAUAAAAAAUUAAAGAUGGUUCCUUUAAAGAUAUGUAGGAGAAGCAAUCAGACUAUGAUUAAAGAUAUCAAUAGUUGGCUUAGCUGUAUGAAAAAGAAAAGGAUCAAUUACAGCAAAGGCUAUUAAAAAGUUAAAAUACAAUUAAAAAAUACUAAGAUCAUAUCGAAUCUAACUAAGAGAAUUAGUAAAUGCAAUAAAAAUAUGAAGAAGAAAUAGCUUAAUUAAAAUAGUAGAUUGAGGAAUAACAGAUAUCGUUUUAAUAAGAAAGAAGUGUUUUGAAAAAAUAAUUGGAAGAUCAAAUAAAGUAAAGUUACUAUUUAUAAUAUUAGCACUUAAAAUAAUUGUGAUGCUAAUUCAAAAAAGAAAAGUGUUGAAGUCGUAAAAUUAAGAAAUACUAUGAUUUCUCAAGACAGUCCUAUUUAAUGCAAGAGCAUUCAUAUUCCCUAACCUGAAAGCAAGUCGACAAUAUAGUAACCAAAGAUCUAAACAAACACUUUCAACAAAUCAAAUGAAAAGUAAAAAUAGUAAAUUUUUAAAAAUAACUUGUCUUUUGAAAAAAUUAAGCCUAAUAAUUAAGAUACUAUACCAAUAUCAAUUGAUGAAUAUAAUAAUAAAAUGACCAAAAAAUCGAAAUCUUAGUCCACUAAUUCAUUACAACAAAAUAAUAAUAUAAACCAGUAUUUGUAAGAGGCUUGUAUCUUUUAAGAUGAAAUGGAGAAUGGAGAUGAGUUUAUCAAGCAUAAGAUGUCGCAUUAAUUGACUACAAGAUACAGCAAUGAUUUAGAAUAAAUGAGAUCAUAUUCAUAAUAAGGAAUCACUAAAAACCCUUUAUAAUCAGCAGCUAAUCUUAGUAAAAUGUUAGGAUAACAUGAUUAUUGUAAUUUAAAGUAAGGCACUUAGCUAUCAACUCAAUAGAAGACUCAUAAUAAUACAUCAUUCUCACAUUUUAAAGUGCCUGCAUUUACUUAAAGUUAAUUGAAUAAUUUGAAACACAGCUUAUAUCAAUAACCAUGGACAACUCUAAGGAAUAAUGACUCACAUAGCAAUCAUAUUGAGUCUAUUAAAGCAAGGUAUAAUGGCUAGGAGGAUUCCCUAUAAAAUGAUUCUGUCACUACAAAAAAUGUAAUAUUUUUAAUAGCAGUAGAAUAAAGAGAAUCAAUACCCUCCGAAAAGUGUGCAUAUCAAUAAUGAGAUUAAAUUUUUAAUAGGCAAAUUAUUAUAGGCUAAAGGGAGAUUGCAAUCUGAACUAGAGAACACCUAAAAGUCAUGCCGAUUUAGGACUUGA